UCUCUUUUUUUUUCUCCUACUUCUUUAUAAUUUCAUAACGUCUCCGCGAUCAAAGGGGCAAUUAAUGAUAAUGAGUAGUGGGAGAAAGGGAAGAGAAAGAGAGUUGAUUGCGUUAUCAUCGGUGCAGACGUUAGAUAUGACUCUUGUUUAUCCAUACAAUGUACAAUUCGGUCGGCAAGCUUUUCUCGUUUGCGCGUAUCCGGAAGAAGAUUUAUAAGGUUCUUACGUAAGAACCGCGAACGUGCGGCAUUAAAAUCAAAAUAGAUCUUGGAAGUUGUAAAAUUUGAUUUCUGUAAAUAUCAACUGUUAAGAACGUAGACGAGAAGUGGAUGUGCCACGUAAUAAAAUAUUGCUACUCUACGGAGAGUAGUUUUUUAGAAAAUAAAAAUUUCUGAAUUGACUGAAAAGAAUAUUUAAGGAUAUCGUCUCUUUGGGUCUUAUUACAAAACGCGAAGCACGGCGGAGACAGCGCGCGAUCGUGCCUCGCAUCCGUUACUUUGUCUCUCUUCUCGCGUUCGUUUAUGCAUCACACAUCGCGAGUAUUCGCGAUCAUUUACGAUCUUCGCUUUACACUUUGAUGCACCGACACGAUAACGAAGCAAACGCACACGCGUCGAACGCGUGCGAUGCUCGUGUACGGCCAAGCUCCAUUCCCGUUGAGACGCGCUUUAAACUCGAAGUAACCCCCACAUUAGCAAGAUAAUAAAUGAAACACGUUCUGUUUUGAGAGAACCGAUGAAAGAGCAUCAAAGAAAAAUGUCUAAAUUUUCCUUCGACUUUCCCCUCUACGUAAUGUAUGCUCUUAUUGAAAUAUUUAUCGAAAAUCCUCUCUUUAUACGCAUUUAACAUGGGCCGCCUAUCGAGAUUACUCUUCGUAUUAAACGCUAAUAAAUGUAAUGAGAUUUCAAUUAAUGGAAAAUAUUUCAUUCGCUUCUGUCAAAAGGAAAAAAAAAAAAAAAAAAAAAGAGAAAUAAAGAAGAAAAAAAAGGCGAACGACACGAUUCAGAAUCACGUUUCGUGAUCAAACUCGCCAUGGUAACCAAGUACGCCCUUUUAUUCUCUCCCCUAUUGCCCGUACGCUUUUUCGUAGGGUUUCUGUGAACAUGCUCGCGCUCGACGAUCGUUCGACGUUUUAUUAUAACCUGUACAUACGCACAGCAAGAGACCGCUUGAAUUGGCUCGUCGUCGAACUUGCAUCGAGAUGCUAAAAUUUCCACGUACCACCGGGGAGGAUCGAAGAAUCGCGGCGAGUAUCGAAAGGAGACGGCAAAUAGAAGAAGAAAGAAAAAAACGUAUCUUUAAUCCUCGCUUCAGAAAUAUCGGAAUCGACAAGGAAUUCUUGGAUCGACAAGUGGAAGAAAAGAGACAGCAACGCGAGGAAGAACGCGCUAAGGAAUGCCAGCUAGACGAGAGUCUUGUACGCAGCAGCAAGAUCGCUUUGCAAUUGGAAAAGGAACAAGCUGAGGAAAAACGACGGAUAAACGAAGAGAUCGAAGCGUUUCGUCGACUCCACCAGAGACGCGAGGACCGUCGGGAUUACGAUCUUUACGAUCCGGAUGCUCUGAGGACGUCGCUACCUUGUCGAGUCAGUGAUGAUGACCCACGUUUGGGACUGGCCUCGGCCCAAAAAUUCGAAGGCGAGGAUUACAACUUUCGAGAACAAGAUCGAAUGAAGAAAGAGGAAAUGCGUUGGUGGGUCGAGAAGCAAAGGAAGGAACGCGAGACGGCGGAAAAGGAACGAAAGGAUGCAGAGAAAGCGUACCAGGAAGCCGUUGUCUCGAGGGACAAACGUGCCGUCGAGUUGGAAAAGUUGGAGCGAGAAUGUCGUCGAAGGUUGAGCGAGGCCACCGCAAGUUUCAACAGGGCACUGGCGGAGGAGCAAGAACACCGACGACUUUGCGAAGCCGCUCAAGACGAGGAGGACAAGAAGGCGGAAAUCUACAAUCACGUGACCGGAGAUUUCCUGACGGAAGCCCCCGAGCAAGCGGAGAGCAACCGUGGACCGAAGAAACCGCUCGCAUCGCGUUACAAGGGCAUGACGGCCGAUCAACUCAAGGUCUUCAGAGACGAGCAAGCACGACAAAUGGAGGAAAUCCAGAAAAUGAAAUUGGAUGAGAAACGAAUAAAUGUGGAAUGGGACCGACUGAUGAACGCGCACGCUAAAACUGCCGAGGCUUAUCAACGAGAGCUCGAUCGAAAGAAGACGGAACUCAAUAAGAAGAUCGCGGAGGAAAACUUGAGGCUCGCCGAGCAACAAAAGUCUUAUCAGGAGUAUUUGAAUCGCGUCGUAUAUAAGAACAAAACAUCCCUUGAAUAUUUCUUGCAGUUCAACAAGGGAACGCGUUAAAUCAAUUAUUUCCCUCCUGGAAGAUGAAUGUGAUUAUUCUAUGAUUUUUAUCAUUAUCCAUUCCAUUUUUAAUCGACUAAAUACAUAUCACGUAUCACGUAUUUCUCUCCAUUCGAAUGUAUCUUAUUAAAUCCAUAACUUUAUGAUAAAAUAAAUUCGAAGAAGGAGCAAACCCGUUAUUUUGCGGAAUUCUUUCGAGGCGCCUUCUUAAAAAAAAA